AUUGAUGUCAACUCUGUCAAGUCUAGAGUUACCAAGGCGUGGAAUGGGCAUUGCUUCACAAAUGAUGACAUCAACAACCUAUCUCUCGAGGGAGAUGCUUCCCUUGAUGGUUUCCUCCGACUCACCAAAAGCGUUGCUGACCAGGUGCGAGACCAAAGCGUCGGCCGAGCCACCUACAGCCAACCCUUCCUCCUCCGCGACAACGACACAGGAAAACUCGCCGACUUCACCACAAAUUUCACAUUCGCCAUCGACUCGCUAGGCAACACAACCUAUGCAGACGGGCUCGCCUUCUUUUUGGCGCCAAACAGGUCUGCACUCAACAGACGUAUGGGCACAGGCUUCUCUCUUGGCCUCCCCGUCAUAGACACGGACAAAAUCGAGUCCACGUACCCGUUUGUGGCAGUGGAGUUUGAUAUCUGCUCAAAUAACUACGCUUCUGUCCAAGAUCCCUCCGGCAAUCAUGUAGGUAUUGAUGUCAACUCUGUGAAGUCUAAUGUUACCAGGACGUGGAAUGGUAGUAUAACACAGGGACAAGUCAAUUAUGCUUGGAUUCGUUAUGAUUCUGGAUCGAAAAAUCUUAGCGUUACCUUUACUAGUUAUGAAAAUGGUGUCCAGGUUAGAAGGUUUUUUUAUUACAUGGUUGAUGUGAAUGAGAUUUUGCAGGGUUGGGUGAUUGUUGGGUUCUCUGCUGCAACAGGUGCUAUGACUGCUCUGCAAAAGAUCAACUCAUGGAGUUUCAAUUCGACAUCGCUGAUUGUUGAACCCGGGUCAGGAAAUGGCAUCAGCAUUGGACUUGUGGUUGGGCUGGUUGUUGGUGGGUGUGUUCUUUUGGUUGGUGGUUUUUGUUUGGUUUGGUUCAUUUUUUGGAAGAAGGGGGGAACAGGGGAAAGUAGGGACAAUGAUGAAGAUCCUAUGAUCAAGGAUCCAAUUGAUGACGAAUUCGAAAAGGGGACGGGCCCCAAGAAGUUUUCGUACAAGACAUUGGCUCAAUCGACAAAUGAUUUUGAUGAGAAAGAGAAGCUUGGAGAGAGAGGGUUUGGUGGGGUUUACAGAGGCUUCGUAAAAGACGAGGCCAGUGAUUGAUUCCCCACUGACUCACCUACACACAAAGAGAAAGACACCAUGUUUUUCCCUCCAAUCAAUUACGCAUUGUCACUCUCUCCUUAUGCUGGGAGUUCUCAAGUACCAAAUUGCCAAAACACUCAAAGGAUUUACCAACAUGUUCAGAUAUUGUAAUCAUCUAAAUCUAUCAUUACAACAACAAAUUAACACCAACCAAUUGUCAAUUGAUGCCAUUAGCUAAUUCCUAUGCUCUAUUCACAAACCUUAAAACAAUUAAUUGGAAUUUCAGCCUAGAAACUCACCCCUUGCUUAACAGAAUUGAAAACACCAACCAAACUGCUCUAUCCAAAGCAACAAAAG